AUGCUGGCCAUCGCCGGCGCGGGCGCGUGCCUCAACUUCGCCGACUCGGCGUGGCUGCUAGCCGUGCCGGCCUCCUACGCCAGCCUCGCCGAGGUGCGCCACGCGGCCGCCGAGGCCGUGGAGGACUUCCUGCGCCGCGAGGCCGCCCCAGAGGACGACGCGCUCUCGGCGUCGACCUCGACGCCAUCGUCCCCUGCCAGCGACGACGGCAGCGCCACGGACGGCGAGGAGUCCUCAGACUCCUCUCCGGCCGCCGGGGUCUCGGCGUUCGAACCGGACGUGUUCAACGACAUGAGCUGGGACUUGUACUGCGCGAGCUUGGUGCAGGGAAUGCUCAUGGAGCCGCCGCCCGCGGUCAUGGAGUUCGGCGACGCCAACAUCGUCGAUGUGCAACUCUGGAGCUACUAG